AUGUCGACCAUUCUGCGUACGCUGCGCAACCUGCGCCGCGUCGGACUCAAGGAUGCCGGACACCAGAUGCAGUACAUCGGCGACACCAAGGCCGGCACCCUCAUCGGCUCGGACAGAUACGGCAACAAGUACUUUGAGAACCUGGCUGAGGAGCUGCCCCUGAGAACGCGCUGGGUGGACUACAAGGACAAGGAAUACGACCCCUCGCAGAUUGAGCCCGGCUGGCACGCCUGGAUGUCAUAUAUGGUCGACAAGCCGCCGACCGAGGACCCCAUCCUGCAGCGCAAGGUGCGCGUCUGGGAGCCCAAGGAGCACCGCCCCACGCUCACUUGGAGCCGCUCCGGCUUCAAGACGUACAGCACCGUCAAGAGCAAGUACUCCCCCUGGGUGCCUGUCGCCGCGCCCCGCAAGUAGGCGCGCGCGAGACGCCGCCGUGCCCGCGCCUCUGUAUAUAGGUAGUGCUGAUCAAAUGCAUGCGAGACUGGCUUUU